AUGUCAGAUUCAGAUUCAACUUUACCAGCCACAGACGACUUUGGGUCAAGGUUCUUAGAAUUUGAUGAAUACUCUUUCGAGCAGACUGAUAAUACAGAAAGUGAUGCUUUUUCUGCGUUUCUACAUCAAUUUCGCCCCGUUGCCGAACAAAAGGUUUCGUUUCUCGAUGAGCGGUUGCUUGCAACAAAUAGUGGACGUAAGAAAUACAUAAACCUUGCUCUUGAAGAUGACCAGGAUUCUAAUACAAGUGACAAUUUGAAGGCCGGGGCUAGCUCUGGUAACAAUUCUGAAGAUGAUGAAAUGGAAUAUAAACCUCCAAAGUUGUUAACUGCACGACAGAUAAGUUUACAAUCACAGAAAACUGCUGUUCCAACUGAUAUUAAGAACAUGAAGCAGUCUACAGCUCAUUCCAGACUAAUUAGUCUAGAAUCCUUGAAUUCAACUAAACCAACUCCAACUUUAACACCGGAACAAAUUGCCGUCCGGCAAAAAAGAAUAGCUCACCGCAGAGAAUCAGCUAAGCACAAAGCGGAAAUGGAAAAGCUCCAAACAGUGGAACGUUUGCUCAAGAUUAAUGCAAAUGUUAUUGGGCGACGUGGUCGAGGUAGAGGUCUUCGGAACAAUGGUUUGGCACACUGUGAUCAGAUCUCAUCUCAAACGCGUUCACAGUUUGGUGUUUUAAAGUAUGAGGGGGAUUUAGUUGAAAAAAAGUAUCUCAAUGACACGCAUGCUUCAUUACGACCCAGUGAAGGUAAUUGCAUGAAUACCGAUUUUGUGGACAAUGCUUAUGAAAAUACGAAAUUGUCUGAUAAUAACAUUUCUGCUAGUUUGCCAAAUGUUCAAUCAUAUAAUCCCAAACCAGGAUACAUCCGCUUCGUAUCUUCAUCUCGUUUAUCAACACAAACAGUCAUCUGUUUACCUGAGACAGAUAAUAAUAGUGACAAGGAUAUUUAUUUGCACACAAAUGUUUGCAUACAAAAAGUCGAAGCUCCUGAAAUACCUAAAUCACGUCUAUGCGACAUGGGUUGCGGUUGUGCUAGGCGCUAUGAAUGUGCUAAAACAGGCCGCUCCUUAUGUAGUUUAUCCUGUUAUAAAGCUAAUUUGUCAGGAUUCCCAUUAACUAUCUCAACUUAA